AUAACAUAGCUCAAUUACUAUUCUCCCAAACUUCAUCUUCUACCUUCUUCUCCCUAUCUUCGCCAGAUAUCCCCCAUCCAGGACCUUACAUGACUCAUCGCCAUCCACUUCGGUGGCGAAUCGACUGGUUUUGAAUCAAAGUUCGAAUAAGACCGAGCAACCGUUCACAUAUGCCAAGGCGGUCAUAGGCUUACAAUGUCUGCAACCAACUCCGCUGUGUGCAACAACUUGGACCCCGGUGGGCGAGCACGACCUGAUUCAGGGGGGGGGGGGGAACGAUGGCGAACCAGCCCUGAAUAUUUCUGCAGAUUUCAAGCACAAGAUCUGUGCCCCGUGGCAGCGCUCCCUGGUGGUGCGAUUACUCGGAACCAAAAUUGGAUUUACGACGCUCUGUUCCAGGCUUCGCAAGUUGUGGAAACCAACAGGAACGUUGGAGAUUCGGGACCUUAACUACGACUGCUACUUGGUUAAGUUGGAUAAUGAGCAAGAUUAUUUUCGGGCACUGACAGAGGGACCAUGGAUGAUUUUCGAUCACUACUUGGUGGUACAAUAGUGGUCUCCUAGCUUCAAGGUGUCUGAUCCGCUUCCGAAAACCAUGAUAGUCUGGGCACAACUUCCAGCUCUUAAGAUUCAUUUCUACCACAUGGAAGUACUCACGACUUUGGGGAAUCUGAUCGGUAGAACCAUUAAGUUGGACUACAACACGGUGAACCAAGAACGGGCAAAAUUCGCUCGCAUCGCGGUUGAAGUGGACCUGUCUAAACAUCUCGUGCCCCGAAUUUGGUUAGACGAAUGUUGGCAGAGAGUGGAAUACGAAAAUCUUCCUCAGGUAUGCUUUCACUGUGGGAAGAUUGGGCAGAAUACCGAGUCAUGCCCACAACUCCGGCCAACGUCUUUGCCAAGGGCCAGGACUAUCUCCGCCGGAACCACGUCGGAAACCUCACCGGCAAGCCUGCUGGAGGAAAAUCCCGGGUUUGGACCUUGGAUGUUGGUCAGCCGGAAAUCAAGGCGUGGAUCUCGGGAAGUGCAGAAGAGAGGGAAUUCAGAGCCCGAAAUGGCGCAUGGUACACAUGGAAAUCCGACUAAAAAAUGGAAAGGGGGGGGGGGGGGGGUUGUGGUUAUCAGGGAAAGAGAGGAUUUGGUGCCCCAAUUGCCGAAACCCACUAGCAGCUCUCCCCAAUGGGGGGUUUUGCACGAAAAAAGGGAAACAACGGGAAGAAAGGGAAUGAAGAAUCGAGAAAAGGAAAGGAAAAAAUGAACGUGGAUGUCAUGGCAACCAAAUGGGUUUUGGGGCCAGAGCCGGCCCGUCAACGGACCCCGUUAAGUGGGCCGAAGAUAAGGGACGAACAUGAGAAGCCUCAACCUCGGGGGUUCAAACACAGAGCGCCGAACACCCGGCCCCAAGGAAUUUCAACAGGUCGAGGAACCAGUUGGCAAAAAGACGUAGCGGGGAUCGCUGUCGACGACCACCAGAAUGAAGAAGAAUAAGAAAACAAGGGAUCAUAGCCGGAAGGGAUCGCCGACCAAGAUGACUCUGAUCAGGACCCUUCAGUGCUGGUCACCUAUGAAAGAGAAAAAGGCGAAACCUAGAGCUCGCCUCGCCUCGCUAACUCUUCAAGAAAUCAGUGCCUGGACA